AUGUACUGGAAACAUGACGUUUUGUCCCCUCUCUCAGAGGGAAAUCCUAUUCUGUCCGAAGGGAUUCCCACAAAGAAGGUGAUCUCCACCGAGACCCCGAGGACACCGGGAGCCUCGCGCUGCAGUGUGGACUCUAAACACGCGCCAAUGUCUCACUCGGACGGAGAAUCCCAGCGGUCCAACAUGGAGCCGGAGGACCCGCACUCGUCCCCCAGCACCCCGUCCACCCCCUCCGUGUGCUCGCCGACCUCCACCACCAGCUCGGUGCAGUCCACCGGGAAGAACGUGUGCGCCAGCUGCGGUCAGGAGAUCCUGGACAGAUACUUGCUAAAGGUGAACAACCUGAUCUGGCACGUGCGCUGUCUGGAGUGUUCUGUCUGCAGGACGUCACUACGUCAGCACAGCAGCUGCUACAUCAAAAACAAAGAGAUCUUCUGUAAAAUGGAUUAUUUCAGUAGGUUUGGUACUAAGUGUGCCCGCUGUGGCCGGCAGAUAUUCGCCAGCGACUGGGUGCGCCGUGCAAGGGGGAACGCAUACCACUUGGCAUGUUUUGCGUGCUACUCGUGUAAGAGGCAGUUGUCCACGGGAGAGGAGUUUGGCUUGGUGGAGGAUAAGGUCCUGUGUAGGAUCCACUACGACACCAUGGUGGAGAACCUCAAACGAGCGGCUGAGAGUGGCAAUGGUAUCACAUUAGAAGGAGCAGUUCCAACAGAACAAGACAGUCAGCCCAAACCAGCCAAAAGGGCGCGGACAUCCUUCACCGCAGAACAGCUACAGAUCAUGCAAGCUCAGUUUGCCCAAGAUAACAAUCCAGAUGCCCAGACGCUACAGAAACUAGCCGACAUGACGGGCCUCAGCAGGAGAGUAAUACAGGUGUGGUUUCAAAACUGCAGAGCAAGACACAAAAAGCACACGCCCCAGCACGGUGGGGCUCCCCCAGGUCAUCCCCAGUCCAGGAUACCCUCCUCCCUGCCCGACGAGCUGCAUUACUCCCCCUUCGGAAGUCCUGAGCGGGCGCGCAUGGUGGCCCUCCACGGGUAUAUCGACAGUCAUCCGUUCUCCAUGCUGACCUCUCAGAGUCACCCUCACCAGGCCAUGUCGCUGCCCCAGCUCCCCCUCAGCCGCUAGCGCUCCACCACUAUGACCCUUAUGACCCCGAAACCAUCCGGAUCUUCACCCUUGAACUCCACUACUGAAGUCUGCAAACCUGACCCGGAGGUCACGCAGGACUCAGAUUGGAGAAAAAGACACAUCUUACAGGAGCCCUGCCCACUCGGAAACAGAAAGACGAAAGGAAGAACGAGGAAAAACUAAGAUACAUCCGUCUUUAUGUUAUUUUUCUUCCUGAGGACAGGAAUAUCCCACCUGCAGCCACUCUGUCAAAAUGACUGACUGUAUUUUACACCACGCAAAGGACCCAUUUUGCUUCAUAUGUACAGCAUCCUGCUCUACCCAUCCAUCCUCAAUUUGAUAGAGGACGUUUUAAAGGGAAGAAACUGACCAAGGCAGCAGGAGUGAAGCCUCUUGAGCGCUGUCAGAAUACUGAAGAUAAACAAAGAGGGGAAAACUUAAAGGGGGACUGUCAUAUUGGCCCAAGGGGCCGUCACACGGAGUAGACCACAUUAGAGGUAAGACUCCCCACUCUUUUUUCUCAAGCAACCAUGAAGGAAACAUCAGUGUAAAUGAAAUACGUUGACUGUUGAAAUAUUUUCUUUAGGAAUGACAAAGUGACUGUGUGACAUCUCAAAAAACAAAAACUUCCUCCUUACGUUUUUGGUCACUUUUCACUGAAAUGUGGUGUAGAACUAGAUUUUUGUUAAUGACUGAAACAUUGUGUGCCUUAUCAUUUCAAUUUCAAUUACAACUUUACAGCAUUGAAUCAGCUCAUAAAAAUAUCAGCCUGUAAUUCAUCUCAAAGAUUGAGAUUGUAUUUAAUUUUAUCAUGUGGAACAAAUUACGAGCAUUUUAAAACUGCCAUUGGUUGAAAAUCCGUAUCUUGACUGGUAAUCACAAAGGAAAACCACAACGUACAAUGUCUGGAAAUGUGUGUUAUAAAUCAUAGCUGUAAUAUUAGAAAGCUGACAGAUUUAAGGCCACAACAAUCAUGUUACAUGAUAGAGAAACAAAGGGAAGUCUGAGAUGAAAAUACUAGUAAAACUACAAAAUCUGUUCCAAGUUACAUAUUUUCAUAUUUCCAAACAAGUGUAUUGUCACUAAUUUAUAAUUUCUAAUGUUGCUUGUUCAGCCUCUGAUUGUGUGUCUCUCGCACAAAGAGGGAAAUGGAGUGUUGGUGUCUUGGUACAAUAUGGACAAUAUGAAACAGACUGGGGUUGUACAUAGUAAGACGUGUGCGUGUGUGCGCGUGUGUGCGAGUGUCGAGUGUCGAGUGUGUGUGUGUGUGUGUGUGUGUGUGUGUGUGUGUGUGUGUGUGUGUGUGUGUGUGUGUGUGUGUGUGUGUGUGUACUGGCAGGGGUGGAGAGCGUGCAUCUGUAUUUUAGUGCCAUGGCCAUUGUGUGAAGAACAGGA